AAAUGGAAGAGUUGUCUUGAGGAGGAUUUGCGCAUUCUCUACGGCUUCCACGAGUCAAGAAGCCAAGAUGUACUCGGCUCUGCUUUGGAUACGAUGCUCAUUUCGAGCAUGCAUCAUCCCAUCACUCGUCGCCACCACUACGCAACUGAUCUUGACUCAACUGAGCGCGAUGGGCGUUGUGAUCGCCAUUGCAGUCUGGGCGUGAAUGAGACUGUACAGAAGACCUGA